GAGCAAAGAGUUCUUUCACAAAUGUUUGUAAAGAGUACAUGACUCUGUGCUUGAUUUUAUGCACCUGUGGCACUGGGACUGAAAACACCUGAAAUCAAAGAUUAAGAGGCCCCUUUCUCUAAAGCAGUCCUUUACUUAGGUUACAUUCAGUGGCCCCUUGGCUGCUACAUACAGUGGUGCUGCUGUGACAUUGCAUUGUAUGAGGGGAGAGGUGAUACAGCAUGUGCAGCUGUCAAACAACAGGAAGAAUAGCUGUGUUCUCGGCAGACCUGCCUUAACCAGAUGCUGUGGGGAGGAAAACACUGUAAAUGUGUGAUUUCAAGAGCGCCUCUUAAUAGACAAGAGUGUGAGUGACAGCUACAAGGAACAACUUCUGCUUCAAAGCCUUCCAAUUACUGGAAUCUGGUUUCCUACCUUAGGUGUAGCAAAUUCAAACAGUUUGGGCGUCUGCUUCCCCGUGUUUUUUGUUUUUAUGAGGAGGACGAGAUGCCGUGAGAUUUUACAGGGUGUGACAGGGGGUCACGCUGUGAAUGAUCUUCCCACACUCAAGAGCUUUUAUGAGUCCCUUUAAUGAAGAUGUGCAAGGAUCUGGCUACGUGAAACAAACAUCAUAUUUCAUCUCUGAUCAUCUGUGGGUAUCUGUUUCAUACUCAACAUUGUUAUUUCUCAUUUACAGCACAGUUUCUGCUUUUCACACCCUUAUGUGGUAACAGUACCGGUAAUUGGAUUUUACUUUAGUUUUUUUUAGAAAAAUCAACCUUGAUCGCAUGAAUAAUAACAGUCAUCACGCACAGCACAGUUGCACCAAACACAGGGCAUGCAUUAGAUAACCUUAACUCAGCCUCCCUGCAAACGGCUUCCUGUGUGUGUGCGGAGGCACUGGGGGGGUUUCUCGUGAAGAUAUCACUGGUUGGUCACACACAGGAAACCAAGAUGCUUUCCAGGGUUGAACCAAAACGCCGCUGAAAAAAAACCAAACAGACUUCUAAGUCAAACAAGUGUCAUCUUGACUUAAACUGCACUUUGCAAAAAGGGAAAAAAAUAAAAUAGACUCGCUCUUAGCUAAAGCUGCUCAGGAACCACUUGAAGCCACGCUAUGAUUACACAACUCGUUUUAAAACACAAAUAGGUGUCGGGCUUCUGGUCGAACAGCUACAUUUUUACUACACACUAAACACAGACGCACAGACUUUGGGAAAGUAAAACAAAAUAUUUAAAAAUGCUGCCACAAUGGCAAUGAAAAGAAACUAUGUCUGCUUUUCUAAAAUACCCCUAAACAUACAAUUAACAUCAAAAAACAGAAAAUAAUAGUUCUCUUUUAGCGUCGGCAUAAACAGGAGACUGCCAGCAGUCACAGCAGAGGAAAAGGGAUGUUGUAAAGAUACCAAAGUUGAGCAAUAAUGCUUCUCUGCCUGUGUAGCUGCUCUGGCCUCUGAUCUCUGUCCUGGCUUCCCCUCUUCUCAACAACAUAUUGCUGUCAGUAUUAGUCUCUGAGGAGGCAUCUAUUUGCCAAUAGUUGAGACUUAAAAUAUUGCAAAAGUUGCUUUUCUUGUCAAGUACUUGCAACAGCGGGAUUUGAUAAAUGCUUACACACAGUGUUAUUGUAACAACCUUUUACUUCUCACUGACUAAACUGUUGUUGCCCCGCUGCCUCAGCUGCUUAUAAUACUCUGAAAUAUUAGAGUCUGAUGUGUUAUUUUAAUCUCAGAUGUUUUUUUAUUAUCAAACGGAUAGAGCAGAGUGGAUUUAAACAGGUGUCAUGGCGGUGGUUUUAACUUGAGGUCCUUCGGGUCACUCGGUAUUCUGCUUUCAAGUUGAUCUCUCCUCGCUCCUGUCAGACAUUUUAACACAACGCUAUGGAGACUGGGGCCCACAUGGUAGUGGUGUCAUCCUUGCAACAUUAUCCCCUCUUAUCAAGCCUUUCUUCUUCCGCCUUCUUUCUGUUUGAUACUUCAUGCCCUUUCUCCCACUCCAGUCUACUCUUCCUCCCCAGCCACCGCUCGCUGCGCCCGAUCUCAUCCUCCACCUCUGUGUCCUCCAACCACUUGACACCUUUUCAAAUUCAUCCCCAUCAGUUGGCAGACAGCGUGCAUUUCAACCGCAGGGCACAAUGCAGCGAUCCUCGUGAAUCAAUGGCAGAUAAAUCAAUGCUAUCUCUUUUUUCCAUGCCUCUGCCGCCAUCGAUUUUUUUUUCCUGUUACUUUGCUGUUUGCGGAGUCUUGAACUUUGCUCAAUUAAACUGAGUUGACUUUCAGGAACAAAUUGUAACAGCGUAAGGCUUUCAGCUCUGAGACAGACAUUAAUGUUAGCUCCGGAUGGGGAGUAUAAGAGCUUUAUUUAUGAGAUGCCCCAUUCAAAGAGAUGCUGCAGUGAUUUCUACUGAAGCAGAACCUGGAUUUACUGGUAUUGUGAACCCUCUUUCAGAUGUGGCAUGCAAAAGGCUUGCCUUGAUUCUAGGUCUUUCAUUUUGAACCAGAGCUAAUACCUAAAACAGAGACAAAGCAAAUAUCCUUUGAUCAUAUUUACUAAGAAAGAGGGAGGCCCAAUUAGCAUGUGAAUAACCCUUGCUUUGGUGUUUUAGAUAAACGCUCAUAGAUUUCUUGGCAGGGGAAAUAUCUAAUAUGAUUUCAUGUCCAAUCUCCAGGCUCUAGAUCCUGUCACUGGGAGGGAAUGAUUUCUGGGAAAUGCACAGACUCAGGCAUAUCAUUUUGAAAACUACAUUUAAUAUAGCCCACAGAAAAUUAUCCACUGUGAUAUUUCACUAGUCUCCCCCAUAAAUAAUUCAUUGUUUUUAUGUGCCCUCAUGCUGCCUUGGGGAUUGGAACAGCUGAGUGUUUUCACAACGUAUUUGUGUCCAAUCUUCUGCGUAUUGGACGUACUCUAAUCAAACCACAGUAAACAUGCCUUGAAUGUUUGUUGAGUCAUCUGCUUAUCAGCUAAUCAAAUGGCUUAUUUGCCUGCCUGCCUGCCCGACUGCCUCACUGGAGCACAGCACAGGCCUGCUUGAGUAUUUUUCAAUUAAUUGUUCAUCUGUUUGAUUGACUGCGCAGCCACACAGUAUGUGUGAUAUGAAUGAACUCCACAAGUUUUAAAUGUAUGCUUUUUAGGUCCACUGCAGCAAUAAGCAGGAGAUCUGAUUGAGACUAAGUAAGUCAGGCAAUCCAUUGUUCUGGAAAGUCUACAUUGCUUUCUCUCUCACACACACAUUGCUUUAUUAUUUGACAUGUAGGUGUAAGAUCACAUAAAAGAUCCUGUGUGUACAUACAGUAUGUGUCUGUUUUUCUGUGAAAGAACUAGCACAAAAGUGCAAGUCAUAGAGAAAAUUUCAAAGGCAGAAGCCAGGACAGCGACAUGGAGCUGCCAGGGAUUGGUGAGCAAUCAGAUAGGGCAGAAUUGAUGACCUGGCUCACGAUGGAUUUCUUGGAGCGGGCUGCCAGACCGAGGUAAUACUUUCAGGCUCUUAUCAGCACUGGCAUAAGCUGAGUGCUGCAUCACCCACUUCCCAGCGUCAGCUUAUUAUGAGAGUCCAUGAUGUGUGAUUGCUUGUACUGCCUUUGUGUGUCCCAGGGUCUGUGUGCACCGGACACAGUUGGCAAGAAGAGGAAAAAUACUAAGGGCUUCUGUCAGAGUAAACAGUCCACUUCCCCACUGUUGUAGUGACAUUUUUUUUCUUUUUCUCUUCCCCCUUUUUUUCUUUUGGCAAAAAUAGGUGUUUUGUGAGGUUUCCAGUGACUCAUAAGCUUCUGGUGUCAGUGAUGGAAUUCUGCAAAGUUAAGCAGACAGUCACAGACAUGUCAUACUUUUUUAAAGAUGUUCUUGCUGAAAUGUGGGUAAUUUAAAACGGGAAGCAACUGGAAAUAUGGGAAUUUUGGUAGGAAAAAAGUGUUGUCUUAAUAUAUCAUGUAGAAAACAGCAAGCUCCAUGCUUCCCGGGCUGUUGACGAUCAGAAAAGAAGAGAACUUUGGAUGUUUAAAAUGAAUUUUAAAAGAUGUAACAGCUGUUCUAUUAGAUUUACAAAGCAAUUUGCAAAGCAAUGGAGUUAAAUAGCACUUUAAACGUUUACGUUUAUGAACAGUGUAGUAAUUUUAGCACACUGAUCACACUUAAUUUUAUUCAAGCUGCAUAACAAUACUUAAUUUCAGCUACAGGGGGGCCUUCCUGCAGCUUGAGGUCAUUGUUGCUCAAGGGCACUUUAGAGAUGCCUUCGGGUUUGAGCCCAGGUUUUCCAAUAAAGCUGUUAACCUUUGACUGCUGGGGAGAAUGGAUGAAACCCUACAAUGGAUAAAAGAGUAAUUACGAUAUUAAUAUGAAUUCUGCUAUGUUAAAUUUAUAAUUACGUUUUCUUUAUUAUUAUUUUUUUUUUCUGCGUAUAAACAACGUGGUUUCAGACGCCUAGACGCCGAGGAUCUCUAUGGUAACAGUCCUCAAUUACCAAUGAUUGGCUAACCCGUGGGAAUGUUUCUAUUCCCUCAGUGCGGUGAUUGGUCGGUGGGCGGUCUGUGCAGCCUGACAGUCUGCAGCGUUCCGGGUUAUUGUCAGUCUCGGCAGCUCGGCAGAAGGGCAGGACCGCAUCCCGGAGCUGCCAGAAGUAGCUAGCUCUUUAUCCAGACGUAACCUUUUCCUGUUUGGUUAAUAUUACCAAAGAGAGCCUUUCGGGGCUUUGCCGUCAAGGUUACUCCACAGCCUCACCUGGAAAUUUAAGUCUGAAUCGAGAGGCAACACAUCUCAGAGCGUCUGCCGACACCUCGGAUAAAGUGACGGACGGAGCAGAGCCUGCUCUCCGGGAUUUUACAUCGCAUCGCAUCAGUUUAGGAUAUUCAGGCAGCUACUUUGGCCCAGCCUUGAUCUCUUUCAGGGUACCUUCACACAAUAUUGCCUAGAUGAAAACAUUUGAAUGAUACAUUUCUCAUAAGGUCGUCAAAAUUGAGCAGGCGGACCACGAAACCCAUGCGUAACAGCGGGGGGAUUUUUUUGGAAUACUGCGUAGCCGCUAAACCUACCCAGUGUGUCGGUUAAGAGUUCUGCUAUUUGGAGAUAUCUUCAAGCGAGAGGAAGAUCAACCGGGACCCUGUACCUACUUUGAUUCGGAGGCUAAACGGUGAAAACCCGAAGCACACUUGGUGCGCAAUCCUUCUGAGGACGCUCUUGAAAUUGCCGACCUGCGCUUUUGCCCUCGACAAAAAUUGGCAGCCGAAUCGAGAAAAAAAGGCAAAGCUUAUUAACUUUGCAUGCUAGAGGCUAGAGUGUGGAAUCUAAUUUGCAGGGUUACCGCUACAUUUGCAUACCGUCGGAAGACGAGGAUAAACUUAAUCAACAUUUGACAUCGACAAAGCAGCAUCUGGAUUUUGGGGCAACAGAAUGAAUCCGUUUUAAUUUGGACCGCAGAAGUAUGAGGCAGAUUGCUCAGUGAAUGCUACGAUCUGCAUGGAGUUCUAGUGUACACUACGGAGCAAUUUAUGGUUGGCCGCAGAACUCCCCCGGCUGUUGUACUGUGCCCACCUCGCCAUGCUGGCCUGUUUGCAGAGGAGGCAAAACCCUCAACCCCAGCACCCAGUGUGUGCCAGCAAGACCCUGGAGCCACCACAAGCCCUUGGACGGAAAUGUGAACUAGUAGUGCCCACACACUCCCCUCGCUACCCCACUGCAGCAGAACUUGAUGCCUAUGCUCAGAAGACAGCCAACAGCCCACUGUCCAUCAAGAUCUUCCCCACCAACAUCAGGGUUCCCCAGCACAAGCACCUUAACCGGACUGUAAAUGGAUAUGACACCACAGGCCAACGCUAUAGUCCCUACCCACACCUCCACACAGGGGGCUACCAGGGUCUCCUUGCUAUUGUUAAGUCCUCCUCCUCGUCAUCGUCAUCAUCGUCAACAUCCACCUUCGUCUCUUCAAAAGGUGUUCUCAAGAACUCCGAAGGCAGACGGACUAAGCUCUCUCCAGCCCACAUAGCUGUUGCCCCAUACCCGCCCCCUAGUAGUAGCACUUUAGCCAGUGGCCAUGGCCAAAUGGUAUACCACACUGGGCCCUCAAAGCCUCCAGAAGGCCCCAGACUGUCAGUGCCCCCAAAUGUCACUGUAGCUGGCUCAGUGAUCCCUGUAACGGGGGGCCGAGGCCUGGCCUUGCCCACGCAAUCCAACCUUCCCUCCAUUCAGAGCAUCAUCUAUCAGAUCAACCAACAUUGCCAGGCCCAGGCUCUGCAGCAGGUGUGUCAAGGGGCUGCCACCGCACCAUCGAAUUCCAGCCCUUCCAAGCAGGGCGCGGCUGUCAUGGGGGUCUCUUCUAACUCCUCCGGUGGAGGCUAUGUGGUAGGAAUGGGUCCCCAGGCUAACAUGGUAUAUACAGGUCAGGGGCUGCCGGCUCAGAACUCAGAGGCGAUGAAGACUGGUGUGUACGCAGAUGGUAUGGACUACAUACUAUGGCAGAAGCAGCAGCAACAUCAGCAGCAACAGCAGCAGCAACAGGCUGUGCUCCGCAUGUACAGUGGAGGCAGUGGAGGAGGGGGCGCCAUCAGCAAGUCCCCGGAAACUUGUGUUCCAGGAGGAGGGAUUAUGGGUGCCCAGGUGUCCUCCUCUUCUUCUAGACCUUACCACCUGACUGCCAGUGCCAGUGGAGGAGGCGGGCUGGACAAAGUCAGCUCUUCCCCUUUGAACUGCGUGGGUAUGCACGGAAACUUCUCAGUGGGUCAGUACUUUGCGCCGCCGUGGAACAGCGUGCUGGUGACACCUGACAGUGACUGCUACAAUCCCCAGGAGCUUUUGGGCACCUCCACCGGAGGGCCGGCCACAGGGCACAGAGAGAUGGGCUACCCUCACCACCAUCACCACUAUCACCAUCACCAUCACCACCCUGCUAUAGACAGCGGGGGAGGUUUGUGCUGCAGCCUGCCCAGCAAAAGCUUGUGCAACACGUCUGUGCUGAGCAGCAGCUUGCAGUCUCUGGAGUACCUGAUCAACGACAUCCACCCACCCUGCAUCAAGGAGCAGAUGCUUGGCAAAGGCUACGAGACUGUGUCUGUGCCACGUCUCUUAGACCACCAGCAUGCACACAUCCGCCUCCCUGUUUACAGAUAGAGGGGGAAGUAAAGGAAACGAAUCAAGAGUUGUGAAUUUGUGAAGAUUCUCCAAGUUUAAAAAAACAAACAAAAAAAAACCAGAUGUUUUUUUUGGGAGGGGGGGCAGGGGGUUGAUGCGAGUGCCACUGCUUUAACUAGUGUGGGUGCUUAGAGAAGAGCAGUUGUCGUGCUGUGUGGCCCUAGGUUUGGUGGUUUCAAGGUAGGCUGUGGAAAUCCCAAAUACAAAAAGUGGUAGUGAUUGCCAGUGGGAAUGAAAAGGGAUUUCAUGAUUCUCCUGAUGUUCCAGCUUGUGGUUUGCCAAUAGGAUUUUGAAUUAAUUAUAUUUUUUGGUCUCCUGUUUUUGUUUUGUUUCUUGUUUUUUUUUUUUUCUCAUGCCUGAACUUGUUUUGACCAGAAUCAUAGCUUGACAUGAAGUGCAUAAGCCACUUGUAUCCCCAUUCUAAAUACUAAGGAUGAAGCUACUGUGUAGGUUGUCACUGAAAUGGUCACAAAAGGGCCAAUAUUUAGGGCUGCUCUCAAAAUCCAAACUCUGUAACAGUACACACACGUGAACACGUACAAAAGACAAAAAAACAAAACAUGUACUGACAAGUGAGAAGACUAUAGGCUGUACUUGGGUGUUAUGUACAAGGAUCAUAAGGUUGAGUUAAAAGGCUAGUACGAUAUUAGUUAUUAUUGCUGUUAUAAUAAUUGAUACAUAAAUUGCACUGCUUGAAUUUUGUUAACUUUGAAGUUUGGAAUUGGGUAGUUUGGAUAUGAUAUAUUUAAGAAACUUGAAAAACUUGAACCUAUUUUUUGUUGUUUGAUAUAUUUGUAGGUAUAUUAUAUGUAUUUGGCUGCUACGGGGAAAAGUGUCUCAAAUGCUUUUUUUUUUUUUCAAUUUAAUUUUAUUAUUUUCCACUUUUUGUUUUGAUGACUUAAUAAUUUCUCCUCUGGCUGACGUGCAGUUUCUUAUGUCCUGGUGUGAGGCAUAGUUGCUGCUUUGGUUCUGUAAGAACCUGUUUGGAGAGCUGUUUUUUUUCCUAACCAACACUGGAAUCAUACAAUACAAUAAAUACUUAUUUAAAAAGAAAACAUUGCAAAAAAGAAAAAAAAAACAUUACAAGAAAAAGAAUUGUUACAAUGAAGAAUGUGACUGGGAGGUUAUCUGCAUAACCUUACAUGUAUGUUAAUGCGUGUAUGUGGCUGAGUGCAUGCGUGCGUGCUUUGUCUUUUUCUUUUUUAAAUUUGUGUUCUUCAAAAUCCUCAGACUUUUUUUUUCUUCUUCUCAAAUUCUGUCAUUACAAGAUUUUUACCACCAAGACCGAAAGACUGAGUCACCGGUCCCAUAAACAUUAUAUCUGCAUAAUGUACGGGAGAUGGUUUGCAAAUUCAACCCCUCUUAUUUAAUUUUUAUUUUUGGAGGCUUUAGAUUUUCAGUGGAGCUAGAGAGCAUUUUCUCACGUGACUCCUUUAUGACUGUAUUUACAGCACUACAGCCUCUUCAUCUGUCAGGUGCUAUCAUCAUGAGAAAGUGGUGGAAACAAAUGGAGAUCAUAUCUUCGGGGUGCUAUUCACCCCUAAUCCUGCAAACAAAAACAAAUGAAAACAAUCAUGCCCUGUCCUCUGGCAUCAGAUGAAAUGAGACUCAAAGCUCACUGCUUUUCAUUGUCCAUUUCAGCCCCUGGUUGGGAUGCGUUUAGCCGAGGCCAGUCUUAACUUGAUGAUUCAGAGCAGUGAAAUAUUUAUUAUGACUGUGAGAUUCCCUUGAAUGUACUGCACUUAAAUUACUGCGAUGUUUUAUUGCCUUGUGGGACUCAAGUGAAAGAGAAAAAUUGGAUCAGUGCAGCAGUCCUCUGGUCUUAAAUUAGCAUUUCUUUUGUCAGUCAAAUUUGAGUAGUAAAUUGAAUUUAUUAACUGCAGAGGAAGAAAGAACCAGAGCUUUGUUGUGGGGAAAUACUGGCAUUAGUCUAGAUUUAUGAAGUGCAAUUAUUAUGACUGUAUUAACAUUUUUUUUCUCUGAGCUUACACCAAAAAAAAUGUAAACUACAGUUGUCAAUACAUUCCCAAUGUACCACAUCCCUAAUCCUUAUCCAUCUUUUGUUUUGAGGUGUAAAAUAAAUUUCUUUAAAAAUUUAUUCAGAAGCCACAUUUCGGCUUUGAAGUCUGUGAUUAUUUUUUAACAUGUGACCUCUAAAAGGCAGUGGGAAGCUUGGGAUAUUGUUACAGCAGCUCUGUGAGACCCAGAGUGGAAUACGGUGUGUGACAUCGCUCGGAUAAUGUGCUGUAAUGAUAAACGUAGUAGUAGCAGUGCAUUUAGAUGAUUGUCUUUUAAAUGUUUACACUUUGGCCAUCCAAAGAUACGGGACAGACAGCACUGCUGAAAAACAUUAACCGUUAAUACUGAAAUGCGACGGAUAUUUAAAAGAAGAAGAAGCAUCGUUAUGAUUUGAUCUUUUCCCUUAAUUAUUAACGAUGAGCCUUAAAUUUUGAGGUAAUGGUGUUCGUAGGCAUGCCACUGUAUCUGAAAGCUGACAGAGAUUCCAGUCUAAAGAGUACCAAGCCCCUUGGCUUAAAUUUGCACAGUAAGCCUCUUUAACAUUCCAGUGAAAUUUUUCAUGUUGUUUCAACAGCUUAAUGCCCCAGCCGCGGUCUGAUUCCAGCAUAUUUUCUGUCUUGUAGAAAUAUUUUGACAGAUUUACAGAUACAUCCCUUCCCAAAAUCCCUUCCGUUUGGCUUCUGCAUCCAAGCAUUAAACCCUGUCACAUGAUGUUGAAGUGAAGAGGAGACACUUGAGGCAGUGGAGCUUCUAGUGUCUGGCCUUUCCCACCAGUGGAGGUCUGAGGCACCAGGCCUCUCUACUAAUGGGAAUAUUGGGUGACGUCUGGCUACAGGACACAGCCAGCAGAGAGUAUUCAUUCAGUCAAAGGGUUGAAAUCAAACACCUUUCAAAUAGUAAAGGAUUUCCUCUUAGAUACUGAAAGAAAUCUGGCCAUUUGAAUCCAACUUCAGCCGAAUAAACAGCAAAAAUCCACGUGAAUACGAUCAUUUGUCAUUUAGAAAAAUACAGAGUUAAAAACAACAACAGUUUUAUUUAGUGAAAGGUGACUCUGUGCCUUUGUGGCCACCGUUCAUUAUGUACAGGCUCCAAACUGUCUGUCCCCUUGGUCCUUUACACACGUUAAUGAGCUUCUAUUGAUGGGAUGCAUCUUAUCCCUGGAACUGUGGUCCAUUCCUCUGUUCCUGAUUUGGACAAUGGACGCUUAGCCCAUAUUAGGAUAAUAGAAUUAAAUUUCAAAUAGAUUUGUGCCUGGGCUGAUCCAGCCACGGCUCACUCAGCUGCAGAGGCAGAGUGGCAUAUGGCAUGUCAUUAUCUAAGCCCACCCUCCCCCUGUCUGGGGCCAACUGGGUUCAGCAGUGCUUAAACAAACUGAAGGUUAGGACUGGCUGGCUGGCGUUAAAGAGGAGGAUAGAACGGUUUUCUGUGGGUGAGUGGGUGGGGGGAGGCUGCUAAAUCACAGCCUCCGCGGCUUCUCUGAGGGCCUCAGCACUGCACCCUGGCACCUGGGCUCAGAGGCCUGCUUUAAAGGCUGGGCUGUGUUUGAUCAAGGGGAUUUGUUUUCUGUUGGAUUAUAUAUGGUUAUAUGGUUGUUCUCUGCCUGGCUGAUGGGUCCUGUGCAAUGUGACAGGUCUCAGCAAAAAAAACAAAAAAGGGGGGUUUGGAGAGAGGAAAGGAUGUGGGCAAGGAUUUGGGGGCCAGAGAAGCCUCGAAGCAUCAGUAAUCAGGAUAAUUGCCAUAUUCCUGGUGCCUGGUUGAAGCUUCCCCUAUUUGGCUCUGCGGUCACAUAUCAGAUUGAAGGCCAACUGAAAUCACCUCUCUGGCUGAAAGACUUAUUGAGCCUCAAUCUGAUUUUCCUAAGUAAAAAAACAAACAAACAAAAACUUCACUUUAAACUUUUUAACACUUCAACAAAUAUUUUGUCCAGGAAAUUAUUAAUGACACAGAAAUCUCAGUCUGAAUGAGGACAUUUGGAUCUGUAAUUUAUCGCUGUAGCAACAGACCGAUAUUAACUGUUAACACAUUUUCAAGGGCAGAGAGAUGCUCUCAAGGAUGGCCCGAGGGCAGAACGAAGGUGAAAUGACUUAUGCUGGUUGUAAAAAUCCCUUAGUAAAUCCCAAUAACUCCACAAGGACCUUUACCCAGUGUAAAGGUCUAGUUGCAUAUUAUGCGCCUUAAAUACUGCUGAGAAGAAAAGAGAGCAGACGGGGUCGUUCAAAGCAGGGUCAGCUCUUUCACUCUCGGAAGAGAGGGAACGGGAGGGGAUGGAAGGACAAAAAAAUAUAUAGGCAGCUGCUCACUCUGUAGAGUCUUGGCGCUGCUCUAAUCUACAGAUGACAGGAGGGGGAGAAGGCCCAAGCGCCCCCCCACCCCCUUACUUCCACAAUGAUUUGGUCAACCUCAGUCAUGUCCCCUGGCUGCCCUUGGGCCCCUGGGGCUCUCAUCUCAGAGUUCUUCCCAGCAUCCCUCCUUAACGUUACAUCCACAAGGCCAUUCCUCUCCAUUUGGCUCCUACCUAGCAAGAAAAUACCUUAAUCAAUAGUUCAGUUGGUUUUGAGGAGGCUUGUAUUGUUAAUCCACCAGCCUUAUUGCUGUAUUGCACAAUACCAUUAAAAGAUUUUUCUGUGUUUUGUCACAAACGUUGAGCACGCUGCUGUCUCUUUAGUGCUGUCUGAUAGAACUGGAUGGGUCACAUGUGAGCGCCGUAGAAUUUAAAUUUUGUUUUCAGCACCUGUUAAAUGCACCGCAAGGUAAAAGAUCAGCACAGAUGAAGAAAUAAAUCAGGAUCUUUAUCCCAAAAGGCACAGCCUCGGAGCCCUUUUCUGAAAGGCAAUGCAGCGGGGCAUAAUUCCAAGAGCGUUUUUAUUUCUUCAGCGCCACAAGUAUGUAUGUUCAGCUGAGAAAGCUUAUGGCCUCCAAAUAUUCAUCUUGUUUACGCUGUGGGGAUAUUGCUGUAUCCAAUCAAAACUCAAAAGUCUGGGGAUUUUGCUUAUUUUCUUCCUGAUUCCUUUCACUGUUUGUGAGGCUCUCCGAAUGUUCCUGUGGACAAACAGGGCUGUUUUUCCCGAACGAUCUCAAAUGCACCAACGCUGCCAAAGUCUGAGGGUGCCGCAACCUUGAGAAAAUAAUAUAUAUGGAAAUGGGAAAUCUAUAAAGCAUCUCUCUUAUUGUUCUCCCUGCAGUGUUGUAUUUAUGUUUAAAAAUGAUUUUGUCUCCUCAGGAUGAAAAUAUGUAAAGAAUAUCUUCCUUUUUUCUUUUUUGGAAAAAUUAUAAUAUAUGAGACUCAGAUUUUGAACUAAGAAGUCUGAAUAUUUAAAAAAAAGAAAA